AUGUCUGUGAAUAUAACAAAUUUGAAAAAUUCUACAGACUUUGACGACUCAGAGUAUGGAAUCGAACGCACCAGCUUUUUGAUAAGACUUUUAGCUCUUCCAAUGAUAUGUCUCAUCGGUUUUGUAGGCAACUCAAUAUCCAUAAAAAUGUUUGUGAGAAAAACACAACGAACAACGUCUUGUUGCAUCUAUCUCGCCAUGAAAGCCAUUUCCGACAACGGAUUUCUCUUAACGCUCUUAAUAGCAUGGUUAGAUUUUGUGAACAUUCGAGUAUUUCAUAUCGAAGGCGUCUGCCAAAUAGUUCUAUUUUUAUCAUAUCUUUGUGGAUUUAUGUCGGCAUGGGCCGUUGUUUUGGUUACGAUAGAAAACUACAUCAGAGUAUGUUGCCCUGUGAAAGUUGCAUCGAGUUGCACGGCAAAAAUUGCUCGAAAUACUGUUAUGACCUGCUUUAUUUCAGCGUGCAUCAUUUAUAAUUUCCCUUUAUGGGGGGCAAAAAUAACAGUGUUGCAUGGGAAAGCAUUUUGUCAUACCAAUCCAGAAUUCCAAAACGUGCAGCUUGCAUUAACCUAUGUAGACACUAUUUUGACUCUCGUGGUACCACUCUUUAUAGUGCCUGUCCUAGUGCUCAUGACCAUCUUCAGUUCAGGAGAGGCAACCCGCCGAUCCACUCGCCUACGAAGAGCCCAUUCAACUGCUCGUAGGAAGAAAAUUUCCCCACACUGUGCCGUCACCAGACUUUUACUAACCGUUGCUCUUGUCUUUCUAUUCUUGCACACUCCUAGCCAUAUCGUCCGUAUCAAGGUCACAGUGGAAGGACUUAUGAGAAAAGUCUAUACAGCUUCUUCAGAAGACAGGGUGCUCCAACAGUUGUUUCUUACACUGUAUUAUCUGAACUAUUCUGUGAACAUUUUUAUUUAUGUUUUUUGUGGGAGUCGUUUUCGGACGACCCUGUAUACCAGUAUUAGAGAAUUCUCGACCAAAAGGAGACAGCCGAAGGUUAGUGGGAAUAGCAGUGUCAGUAUUGAGGAACUCAUCAGGGUGUCGCAUUCUUUCUUUGUUGGGAAUGAUAAUGUUGAGACAUCAGUGUAA